AAUCUACCUAUUUUAUAGAUGUGUUCUAAUUUUAUUUUGACUGAAUCUGCUAAGUGAAUUCCUUAGCAGCUGUGUGCUAAAACAGUUAUACAAGGAAAACUUUGUGAUUUAUUUCUAGUUUCUAGUAGAACAUCCAAUUCCCUGAUCAUCCGUUUCUAGUUUUUCUUUUUCCUCCCAUCAUUAUUAUUAUAAUUAAUUUGAGUAACAAGAUGAUAUAAGGCUUGAGUAUAUGGAUCAAGAACAUUAGAAUAUACCUGGUUCUUUUUUUCAUGUAUGAUAGUUGUGUUGUGAAUGUCCAUUAUUUUAACAGUUAUGAUUCAUGAACGCUUUUUUCGUAAUUCCUUUUUAAAAAGUCAAAGUGCAGUUGAAAGAUCUGUCUUUUGCUUAUAGUUAAUUUCGUACAUUGACUCAGAAAAUCCUUGCAUUUUUGAAUCUCUUAAUGUAUCUUUGAUCUCUUUGGUCUUGAAGCACAAACAUCUUGACUUCUUUUCUGUAGCAUCCAAAGGGAAGGAUGAUAGCUCACUGAAGGUUAGGUUGUCUACUGGUAUCUUAUGGAUUUCACUUCAUCGCUUUAAACAAAUAAUAAGGAAAAAAAACUUUUGUUUUUAAUGUGUUAUUCAAUCAUUCUUAUGAAAUCUGCUCCAUGAAUGAUAUUGAUGCUGCUCGAUAUCUACCCUUGAUUAGGAUCGCUCGAUACCAAUUCUACAAAAUUGAACAUAAAAGAUGAUAUACCAUCUUUCAAAGUUACGCAGGCAAGGCCGGGAAAGCUGGCACUGGUGGUAAAAGUCAAAAACCAAAAGCCCCUGGAGCUGAGAGCUGAGCAAGGCAUAUGUUCAACAGCUGGAGAAUAGCUGGCUGAAUUUAUCAUAGUUGGAACAGGACCUUCAGCGAGCACGUCAAUAGGGAAAGUACAUUUCAAACAUGGGAGAUCAAUCAAACAGAGUGGACGCCAGUGGGACCUUCGCAUUUGAUGCAGAAUAUAGUCGAUGGUUAGAAGAACAGAACAAGCACAUCAAUGAGUUGAGGAACGCUGUCAAUUUUCAUGCAAGUGACCCUGAACUGCGAAGUAUUGUGAAUAAUGUCACUGUAUAUUUCGAUGAGGUCUUUAAGGUGAAAGGAAAUGCAGCCAAGGAAGAUGUUUCCAUGUCUUGUCAGGGAUGUGGAAAACCCUUGCCGAGCGGUGUUUUAUGUGGAAUGGUGGCUUCUGCCCCUCGGAACUUCUUAAGUGAUUUGGCUAGUGGGCCCAUUUCGUUCAUGGAUGCAAGGAGAUCACUUGAUGAUAGUGAUCCUAAUAAUAGUCGUUGAUUUCAUUGUAAAUUGUCUUGGAUAUUCAAUUAUGAUGAUGUAAUUGUGUGGUUGGAGUGAAUCUUAGAAUAUUGAAGCUUUUGUGUUUAGAUUUGAUUUUGGAGUUUGAAGAUACUAGUUAAUAUUGAAAAUUUGGAGUUUGAAGAUGGUAA